UGAGGGCGGUAACGUCUCGCGCAUUAUCAGCCGGUUAAUAAGACGCCGGUUUGGCGGUUUGAACAGAGAGAUGCUGCCGGUGGUGAGAAGAGCAACGGCUGGAAAAGCACACCGAAGCGGCCAAUAAAACACCACGAAACGGUCAAUAAAGACGGUGGAAGUGACUGGAGACGGCCGUGGGGUUGUUUUGAGUCCGUUGCCCGUUUUGUGAGAGUUAUUUCGGACCAUGGUUCAACAUGGCGGAGCGCGGAGUAUCAGCGGAUCUGAUCCGGAGGAGAGAGCGCUGCCGGCGGCCUCAACCUCCUCCUCCUCGGCCUCCUCCUCCUCCGUGAAGCCGGACUGGUGUAAAACCGCCUCGGGUCACAUUAAAAGACCCAUGAACGCUUUCAUGGUGUGGUCCAAGAUCGAGAGGAGAAAGAUCAUGGAGCAGUCGCCGGACAUGCACAACGCGGAGAUCUCCAAGCGGCUCGGGAAGCGCUGGAAGAUGCUGAAGGACGCGGAGAAGAUCCCGUUCAUCCGGGAGGCGGAGCGGCUGCGGCUGAAGCACAUGGCCGACUACCCGGACUACAAGUACCGGCCCAAGAAGAAGCCGAAGACGGACGGCUGUGCGUUCAGUGCAGCGGGAGGGAAGCCGGCAGCUCAGUCUCCGGAGAAGGAGAAGAGACCCGUUAGUAGUAAUAAUAAUAAAAACAACCACCAGGCAGCUGCAGCCAAGAAGUUCUCCUCCAAGUUGAAGCCCAGCAAGCCGGUAGUCGUCCCGGUCCGAACCAGCAGCCUCCCAGACCCCCGGUACCGCCUCCCGGACCCCCGGUACCGGUAUGUGUAUACCACCUUUAAAGCCAACAAGCCCAUUAAACGGGAGUUUACCGACGACGAGGAGGAGGAUGAUGAUGAUGAUGACGACUCCGAGGAGGAGGAGCGGGAGAUUAAGACGGAGGAGGAGGACGAUCCGUCCCGGUACAGCCUCGCCAAGAUGCCGGGCAGCGGGAGCCUGAGCUCCGCCAAGGCCUCCGCCACCGCCACCGAACCGGAGGGAACCAGCGUGUAUGAGUCGUCCGGUCGGCUCUUCUACAGCUUCAAGAACAUCACCCGGCAGGGCACCAGCACCCCGGCCUCCCUCUCCCCGGCGUCCUCGUCCCGGUCCGGCUCCUCCUCCUCCUGCUGCGGGGAGGACCUGGACGACCUCCCUGCGGAGGGCGCCGACUUCACCCUGAGCCUCUUGGCCGGCUUCCACGCCUCCUCAGAGCCCUGGAACCUGUCGUCCAGCUCAGCCCCGGGGAACCUGAGCCUGUCCCUGGUGGAUAAAGACCUGGACUCGUGCAGCAGCAGUGAGGGCAGUCUCGGGUCCCACUUCGACUUCCCGGAUUAUUGCACCCCGGAGCUCAGCGAGAUGAUCGCCGGGAACUGGCUGGAGGCCAACUGCUCGGACCUGGUGUUCACAUAUUGAUCCCACUGAAGGGGGUCAUCGAUACCAGGCCGGGUGGAGGGAAUGAUCCAUCCGUCUCAUCUGCCCCGGAGCCGGUUCUGGAGCUCCAGAGCCAGUCAGGGACCGGGCUGAUGGGGCUGCUGCCCGGGCUCAGUGUGCGUGGAGCAGAUGUUUUUGAGGUGGACCCCCGGCCUGGACACACACUGUGGUACUUCUGCAAAAAAAAUGAAUGAAAUCACCUCAACAGGGUUUUAUGGAUUUAGUUUUCUGUUGCUCGGGUCUGAAACCCGAACUAUGCAUUCCCCCCCAAUGACUCUAAUGACUUUAAUUAACACUAAUAUCAGGAUCUUUAUUUUAGUCCCUCCAGCACCAGGACUAGACCUUCAGGACUCUUUUAUGUGACAUGUUAUCCUCCUUUUUAUUUACUAUUUCCAGCUCCUCCAGCUGUGAGGAAACCACUGGAUGGCAGGAAAGAUGUUUUUGAUAUUUACAUAACCAAACAUACCUCAUCUUUUUUUAAAAAUAUCAAGAAGUAAAAACUAUUUUCAGGCAUAUUUUUGUACAGUCAAAGGGAAUGUCAAAAUGUUUCUUCAGGCACUUCUUCCACUUUUCAUUCAGACUGAUGGAUAUUAUUAUUAUUAUUUGUAACUGAGCAUGUGAGGGUUCAAAUCCCAGCCGGCCAGCCUGCCUUGCUUUAAAUGCCUUGCUGUUGUUUUAAAUGAGGACGAGGAGCGGUACCAGAUCCAGGAUUAUUGUAUAUGUUGUGUAAAAUAGUUAAAAGUUUAGGAGUUUAUGUAUAUUGGUGUGAAUGAGUCCCUGAUGAUAGCAGGAGAGAAACUGGAUUCUCUGUUACAAUUUUUUUAUAUCGUUAAUGGCACAUAUUUGUUUUUUGCUCAUUAUUUUUGUGCAAUAUAAAAGAAAAGAGGAAAAAAAUAAAGAGUUGUUUUGUAGCAGAAGGAGAAACUGCGUUAACUUGUCCUUCAUGAUGAAGUCUGUAUGUGGACGACUGAAUAAAUCAGCUGGAACUGA